UGAGUGGCAGGGGAACCGGAAGUGGGGGUGCUGCUGCUGCUGGUGCUGGGGCCCGAGGAGGGACGCGCUGGAGCGGGGCCGCCGGGACUGAGCGAGCGACAGACGCGCCACCCGCCGACGCCUCAGCCGCUUGGGCCCACACGGACCCUCUGCCUCAGAGUAGAAUGAGCCAGGGAGACUCUAACCCAGCAGCCAUUCCACAUGCAGCAGAAGAUAUUCAAGGAGAUGACAGAUGGAUGUCUCAGCACAACAGAUUUGUCCUGGACUGUAAAGACAAAGAGCCUGAUGUACUGUUUGUGGGGGACUCCAUGGUGCAGUUAAUGCAGCAGUAUGAGAUAUGGCGAGAGCUUUUUUCCCCACUCCAUGCACUGAAUUUUGGAAUUGGGGGAGAUACAACAAGACAUGUUUUGUGGAGACUAAAAAAUGGAGAACUGGAGAAUAUUAAACCUAAGGUCAUUGUUGUUUGGGUAGGAACAAACAACCAUGAAAAUACGGCAGAAGAAGUAGCAGGUGGAAUCGAGGCCAUCGUACAACUUAUCAACACAAGGCAGCCACAGGCCAAAAUCAUUGUAUUGGGUUUGUUACCUCGAGGUGAGAAGCCCAACCCUUUGAGGCAGAAGAAUGCCAAGGUGAACCAGCUCCUCAAGAUUUCUCUACCGAAGCUUGCCAAUGUUCAACUCCUGGAUACUGAUGGGGGCUUCGUGCACUCGGACGGUGCCAUCUCCUGCCACGACAUGUUUGAUUUUCUACAUCUCACAGGAGGGGGCUAUGCAAAGAUCUGCAAACCCCUCCAUGAACUGAUCAUGCAGUUAUUGGAGGAAACACCUGAGGAGAAACAAACCACCAUUGCCUGACUGGCUCUCAUCAGUGUUAAUGGCAUCCCAGCUUCCUCAGAUCAGUUAUGUCACUGGCACUACAGAAUCCUUCUCUUUCUUAAGGCACUUUGCUUUGUAGAAUGUUCCUGGAUGUUCAUAUCUAGUGUUUGAAGGGGAGGAGGGAUUUAAACUGAUCCUGUACAUAGAAGGUUUGUUCGACACCGAAGAAUUAGCCAAGGAAGAUUGUUGUUUAAAUUUGAAACCAGAAGGGGACUUUUUAGUUGUAUGUGUGAUACAUUCAUUGAAUAUCGCUGUUUUUCCUAGGACAACAUCAAGCCUAAGUACUGAACAAAAUGAAGAUUCUUUUCUUGGCCUUCCUUUCUGUGGAUUAUGUCACAUAUAAUAGUGAUCAGAAUCACACCUACUUGGCUUUAAAGCAGAUUUUUUUCCCCCAGUUUUGAAGGUUCAUAAUUUAGCCUUUUUAUUUUACUUUGCUCAAUUAAUCUCAGUGUUUCAACAUAAUAGCAGACUGGGCAUACUUGUCAUUCAAAUAUGGGAGAUACUAUAGUUACAAGUGAGUUUGUUCCACUUUCUUAAUCUUUCCCAAGCUUAGCAGUGAAAAAUAGGUUUUUCCCUAUUGGGGUGACUCUGUGGAGGGUAUUUUUUUUAUGCUGCUGAAUAUCAUGUCUAUAAUAGACCCAUGCAUGCAGCCUUUCCUCUUCCCCCCGCCCUUUUUUGGUCCUUGUUGACAUUACAAGCUUUUAACACAUUUUUGACCUAGGAGCUCUGUUGCUGGAAGUAUAAGUCCCCAGCCAGUUAGUCUCAUGAUGAUAUUACUGAUGUGUGACUCAUUCUUGUGUGGUGUUAUGUGCUCUAGAGUCUGUAGUGCUAUCCACAUUCAGAGUUCUGGUUUGUUUGUUUUUCUCAUAAAACCUGUUACAGUUUCCUUUUGGGGGCGGGGAUUCAGAACUCAUUUCCCAUUCCAUUAGCCCUGACAUUAUUUCAAGUUUUAUAGUGUCUUAAGGUGUGUAUUUUAUUUUUUAAUUGGCUUAGUUUUUAAAUUAUAUCAGUCCAGAAAAAUUUGGCCUUUUCUCAUGGGGAAACAAGUGAAGCUGCUCUUUAGAAUAGACAUUCUAUUUGAUCCCACCAGUUUAGUAAAAAAGAACUAGGUUUGUUUAACUUUUUAGACUUCUCCUUAAUGUAUUCAUCUGAGAAUUUCUUUAAGAGAGCUCUUUAUAAUCUUAAAUGGUUUGUUCGAGCUACAAUAACUGCCAUUUAAAAAAUAAUGAGACAAUAGAAGGUUUAUUGUUCAAUAUACCUAUGAAAUAUUUCAAACUGGAUCUAUAAACAUUGUUAACUGGACCAGGUGGGUAUUGAAGUUAACUCAUCCAAGUGUGCUCUGCAGCGAUUCUGCUUAACAUUCAAGUUCAGUAAUUAAGGCAUAUUUUGUAUGUUCCGCUUGCAAGGCAAAUAGCAGUGCUUUUAUGUGUUGGAAGGAGGUUGCUGAUUUGUGCUAAGAGCCACUUCUGAUUGAGAGAGAACUUGGGCUGGUUUUUUUUUCUUGUCAAUCCUCUUUUUAGAAUUUUUUUUUUUUUUGUCUUUUAAAAAAAUAACAUACUUUUCUAAAUAUAUCAUGUCUUCAUUAACAACAAAGUACACAUGGUGUUUACUAAACUUUUUACUAUAUUGAAAUUUCUUUCUUAAUUUUAUUAGCCCAGGUUCUUGAAUUUUUCAAGACAGAUUUUUUCUCUUAGCUGAGGUAUACUUCUAGAGAGGAGAAUUAAAUUAAGCCACAAUUUUGUGUGUGAAAAGACAGUUUCCUAUCCAGGUCUUCUGUUUGUCAGAGGGUGGGAGUUGGUCUUACAAACCCAUUAGGUUACUUCGGCAGCAUAGGCUUUGAGCUUCUCUUGGCUAAGGAUUACAUAUCUCUCUCUGAGCUGGCCUUCAGCUCCUUGCUUAUGUGUAUAAACCUCGGAUGUUACUACAUUUUCUAUCUACCAGAGCUAUUCAAGCAAUAGUAUUUGAACCACUAUCCUUUUAAAUAAAAGUCUGCCUCAUUACUAAUGUGCAGAUACUGAGUCCACUUUUAUUUCUUGCCAGCUUGCUUUGCACUACUUCAGGCAAAGUGUUCAUCUGGUUUUCUUUGAUUGACAUCCCAGUUUGCUACAAUGCCAGAACUUAAUGCUUAAUCUUUGGAUUUCUCAUUCAUACACACACACGCACAUGUAAAACUUAAACGUACUGUCCAAGUGAAAUGUCCUAGUUGUCUUUGUGAUUAAGGGGCCAACUUUCCAGGCAGCUAGCACAGGUAUUCUAUUUUUUUCCCAGCAAGUUUUAAUUCCUUUGCCUACCCAUUCCCACUGCGCUAGAUGGCAGCUGGUGAUGGCAGUAUAAAGAUUUCUGUGGUCACAUCCCGAAUAUGGCAGGUGGAAGGUAUACUGAGUGGAGUGAUCUAGGACCUAUUGUUUUGCUGUCCAUAAUAUUCUAGACAGCUAUGGGCAGUGCUCUGGCUACCACCUUGGGCCUGUUUGGACUGUUGAGGGCAUCUGCCUAAACCUGAAUCUUUUGUCAAAAACCUUAACUCAGCAAAACAAAUCUUGAGUAGCUUAUGCCCUGCUCUUAAGAAUUCUGUCUUGUUAAAAUUCCAACUUUCUCAUGCUUUUUUAUUUUUUUAACUUAGUCACUGUUUACAGUUGUAUGCUAAAGCCUAAAAUACUGUCUGUGCUGUGGUGUAUGAGCAUUGCCAAUUUUAUAUUUAUUGCCGUGAAGAAGAAACUAAAAAUAUAUAAAAAUGUGGAACAUGUCCACGCUCCUAAAUCUGUGUGGGUGCAUGUGGGAGAAGUGAGUUAGGGUCUCUUGAAAGGAGGCUUUUUGGAGUGGGGUCUCCCAGGCUGCCUCUUGGUGUACUUGGGGAUCACUGCUGCUGGCUGACUGACCUCCCCAAUAGAAGUUUGUGAUUCUGCUUUGGCAAAGUUUCAUUGACUAGUAGAACUCAUUCUGUUUUAGUGCAUAUUUCAAUAUAAAUGUAAACAUUUCACUCAAACUUGAUGUCUUUCUGCCUCAUUUGUCACAGUUUGGAUUCCAAUGGAGAAAAGAAGAGCUCUGGUUUUUUCCUACCUUACCACAAGCAAAUUGGAUACUUAGAUCAUCCUGCUGCUUUUCUGUGGGACUGAAUGUACCAAGCUGACCCUCAUCACUUAAUCUUAGAGGUGUAAGAUGGUAGGGUAAGAUGAGCAGAUACAUAAAUAAGUGGGAAAAUGGUCAAAGGAAAUGUUUCAGAUUGGUUAAGAAUAUCUAGCUUUUAAAAACUUAAUUAACUCUUAAACCAUUAAACUGACCUUUCGACCCUUUUUCCUAAUUUCAGUCUUUAGAAUUUAUUCACAUUAAAUAUCUCAAUUUCCAUUCUUUCUCCAUUUCUCACACUAAUAAUUACCAGUUUUUCUUUUUCAUACUUUGGAAGAUCUCUGCUGUUGCUCUCAUCUUGAACUUAAGUGCUUCAAAUUAAUUGGACUUUUCUGAGUUCCUGUGCCAUCUAGGAAGAAAAGCAUCAGGAUAUUUCUCAUCUGUUAAUUACCUAAGUAUUUUAUGUAGGUGCAUCCCCAUUUUACUGUUAGCUGAGAGGUCCAGGGAGGAUUUUUAUUUUGUGAGUCAUGUAAUUUAAAUGAGUGAGCUGAGAUUUGAAUACAGCUUUACCUAACUUCAAAGUCCUUGUCCUUGCUACUACUCAUUCAACCUCAGGUAUUGUUUUAGCUCUGUAGAUUCUGAUUCACUGAGUUCGUGACAGAUAUAUCCUUAGUUCCUUAGAAGGUCCUGGGAAUGAAAUGACAAUCUUACUUGGACCAUGGCAACAGCUUCCUUCAGUCUUCAGCCAGUGUACUAUCCAUUUCCAUCCUCCACAUGGCCACCGAAACUCUAAAAACCAGCAGAAUUAGAUUGUGUUACGGAGAAAGAAUUACUCAUGAAGGGGUUCAAAGACUGCCUGGCUACUGUAUUAUGUCAGUAAGUGCAGAUUGACACGAAGACACUACUUGGUUAAAUAAGGAAACAGGAGAGUAAGUACAGUCAAAAUAAUGGCAGAAAGAUAACUUUAAGCAUUGUCAGCUUCCAUAUGCUGAUCAUGGGGGUAGGGACCACAAUUGCAGAUGAAAACAUUGAAUGAAGGUUCAUAUCAGACCCUCAGAACACAGCCGCUUCCCUUGAGGUCUACUCUUACACAUGGGUCCCAGAAUGGUUUUGCUGAUAACUGAGUUCAGAUAUAAUGCAAAGGACCACCUCAUCUGAACUGGGUGAGUAGUAUCAGUCUCAGUAUAACAAUGUGACUAAGGAGUCCAGGACAGGAAUGUUGAGCAUGCACACAGUUCUCGUUUCUCUGUCACCAUCCCAAACUAAAACAGCCUGCCCCACAUGCAGCCUCUUGAGAGCUGUAUGACAAAAACAAGGGUCAGUUACUCAACUGGCCACCAGGGCCUAUCCUAAUGAUUAACAUCCCCAACCACCCCUGUAAUAGCAAAUUGCUAUGCUAGUAUAAUGUUUUUUAGCAGCUAAAAGUCUGUUUUUUGUAAUAUUCACUUUAUCUUCACCACAGUGAUGCUAUUGGGUUAAAAUGGUUUACUUACCAGAAGAGGAUAAAAUUUGGAGGUAAUAAACAGGCGUUUUUAUUUUUCUAAAUCAUACCAAGUUCCUUAGGUUUCCCCUAGAUCACAGCAAUGGUGAAAGCAGCCUGGGUCCUGCAGCUUUGUUGACUAUCCAGAUAAUCCCUUGUGAACCUCUUCCAUACCCCAGGAGAAGUGGAAGAGACAGUAGUGAGUAGUGUGGUAGAAGGGAAAGCUCCUUCAUUGCAUCUACUUGGAGGAAAACUGACAAAACCGGCAGGAGAAUCCAUUAUAUACUUCAGCCACGACAGGGGUGAAAUCUUAACUCAGCUACAUAUUUUUACAUAUGAAGCAAAGAUCUGAAAUGUUUUUCUAAACAGUUUCCAUGGCCUGAUUUUAUGCUAUACUUUGCCUUUUGCUUAUUACCUGGCUUAUUUUAGCUUAAAUCAUCACAUCAAAAAAUACAUAUCAAAAAACACUAUACAAAAAUAUAUAUCAUUUUACACACUAAUCAAGCUUCAACAGCACACCUGUGGAGAAUUCAUGACACAUCAGUACUGCAGCAUGCUCACUGAUAAUCACUGAUAGUCCAAAGUAUUAAAUGUAACACCCAAUCUUCUCCAUGACCUGGCCAUCUUCGAUUCCUAUCCAUACACUCCUUACUUUGAACUUUCAUGCCAAUAGCAUUGAACUUUGAGUCUAUGCCUUUGCCCCAAGUUGAGACCCCCUAUCUGGAGUAUGCUCCUGCUCCUAUUCAUAUUUUAAGAACCCCUCAGGGAUACCUCCUGGAGUGUUUUCUGGUUUCUAUUUCCAACCCUGGUCUAUACUAGGUCUCUCAUCUCAGUUCUUAUAAUACCCUGUGUAAAUAUUUUAUCAUUGCACUUAUCACUGUAUUAUAUGCUUACCUAUUUGUCUAUACUGCUAUAUUACGAAUUCCUUAAGAACAGAGAAUGUGCUUUAAGUAUCUUUGUAUUUCUAGCAUCUAACUUAGUGACUGGUACAAAUAAGCCACUGAAUAAAUGAAGGAAUGAAUGAA